AAACUUAGUUUAGUUAAUCAAGAUUUAAUCGUAAUGGACAAUUCAAUGAUAGUUUUUAAUUAAAACGUAACAUAUAUAAGUACUUUCUUAUGAAUAAAUGUGUAAAUGGAAAUAUAAUGCGAUAACUAAGGUCAUUUUCUGUUUGGCUUAAUUUUUGAUGAAACGUUGACUGUUUUACCGAUGCGGUAUUCGGAGCAAUUCGGAGUUCGUCCUCCACCAUCACCAUCACCCUAAUGAUUUUGCUUAGUUAGUACUAAAAAAACAAAUAAUUAUUAUGAAUGUAUUAAGAUUAACAAUUGUUUUGAUAGUAUUUGUUGAAUUGUCAGAAUGUACAUUGUUACCGCCCAAAGAUAAAAGUAGUAAAAGGAAUAAAGGAAAAGUUGAAACUAAGAUAGGUCCUGUGAAUCAAGAUGUUUUUCAAAGAAAUUUAGUGGUGAAAAACAUUAAACCACAUGAUAUUAUUCGAGAAUCUGGCUUUUAUUUUUCUAAUACAACUCGUAGACGAUUUACUGGAGAUAUUUUAGGAUAUAUUACACCGUGGAAUAACAAUGGAUUUGAAAUCUCCAAAAUAUUUCAUGGAAAAUUCACAACGGUAUCACCAGUAUGGUUGUCAUUUCCAGACGGCAGUUGGCAAUUGUCAACCCAUGAUGUUCAGAAAAAGUGGUUGAAAGAAAUGAGAGCAUCAAAUAAUGAUGCUCAUUAUGUAAACAUUCUACCAAGAGUAUUAUUUGAACAUUGGUCAGUUAAUGAUAUUGUGAGAUUGUACAGUAACACUCAUAAACAGAUUCAAUUAAUUUCAUCGCUCAUAGAUACAGCAGAGACCUUUCAUUUUGAUGGAUAUGUUUUGGAAAUAUGGAAUCAGUUUAUAUUUACAGGUGUGGAUGCACAGAUUGUAAUAUCAAUAAUUCAGUCUAUUGCUCAACAGUUAAAAACUAAUAAUUUAGAUACAAUUUUAGCAGUACCACCAUCAAGAGGCCCAAAGGUUCAAUUAUUUAAUAAAGAUCAUUUUGAUCAAUUAUCACCAUACAUAAAAGCUUUCUCUUUAAUGACUUACGAUUAUUCAACUAUUCAACGUCCCGGACCUAAUAGUCCAGUUGAUUGGGUGAGGGAGUGUGUAAAAUUGUUAGUACCUGAAGACAGCCCUAAACGGGCUCAAAUACUGCUAGGUCUUAAUUUCUAUGGAUACAAUUAUACUCCCGAAGGUGGAAGAGCUAUCUUGGGUUCAGAAUAUCUGAAAAUCCUUGAAACCUUCAAAGGGAAAAUUCAGUGGGAUGAUAACAGCAAAGAACAUUUUUUCGAAGCAAAGUCGUCGGGGGGCAGUGGAAUUGUCUUUUAUCCCACAUUGUACUCUAUUUUCCAACGACUGGAUCUUGCUGCCGAAUUGGGUACAGACACCUCGAACGUUGAAGAACGGUUUCACUUGGAUCGUACACUUCGAGGGGGCUCUUCGGGCUUCUACUAACGUGAAAUUUCAAGACACGUUUAACGUGAUAGUAAUGAGGAUGAAACGACGAUCGUUAACAAUUUUAAGGUUUUCUAUAUAAGUAAUCAAGUUUUUCAAAGAAAAUUUCAUUGCGAAAAGCUAACAUUAACGAUCGUUGGACCGUUUCAGACGAUAGGAAUAUCGUUAGCAAUCGAUUAGGAUUUGAUGCCGAUCAACAUCCAGGAGCUCCGAAUUAUUCUGAAUCGGUCACU